AUUAUUCCGGAGCUGCACCUGGACUACGCCAGCACACUGUCUUUUGGAGAACACAUGCAUUUGGAGAACUUUGGAUAUACAUAAAUAGGCUAUGUUUCCUGCUGUCUGACAUAUGUAAAAAUAAAUAAAUAAAUAAAUAAAAAAAAUAAACUGCUUUGGAAGACGGUCGGGAUGAGGUCUGCCGAGGGGGCACUCAGACAGAUGAUGGGGAUCCAAACAAGGAGCCUUUAUGUUCCUUCUGAGAAGCUCCUGUAAAAUAAUCAGACACCAGGACAUCGGUGACCCUGAGAGAGUCAGAUUGGAGGUAACCUUGGAGGACUGCAAGGAAUUAAAGGUCUCUGCGUAAGAGAAAUAAAGUAGCACCAUUUUUCCUACAAAGACGAUUUUCAUCGCGUCAAAGAGACCGUUUGUGUCCGGAGACGCGUGUGCGGACUGCGCGCACCGGUGCGCAAAAAGACCCUCCAUAACCAAGCGCUGCACUGUUGGUCUCAGAGACGCGGGUGACUUUAGUGUUGUGGGACACAGAACAAACCACUGAUCUCCAAAAACUAGGAGUGACCCCAAUUCCUACUCACCUGGCCAAUCCAUGGCAAGGGGCAGAGUCAUUUACACCAGCCAAUUCGGAAUGAGGGGUGGGGCCAUGGAGGUUUUACAAGUGCUGUUAUUGGCUAGUCUGCUGGGGCCUGCAACUCUAGCGUUCAGUCGUGCCCCAGUGCCCAUGGCGGUUGUUCGGCGAGAGCUGUCCUGUGAAAGUUACCCCAUCGAGCUGCGCUGUCCUGGUACAGACGUCAUUAUGAUCGAGAGUGCAAAUUAUGGCCGGACGGACGACAAGAUUUGUGAUGCUGAUCCAGCCCAGAUGGAGAACACGCGCUGUUAUUUACCUGAUGCUUACAAGAUCAUGAGCCAAAGGUGUAAUAACCGGACCCAGUGUGCUGUAGUGGCCGGACCAGACGCCUUUCCUGACCCCUGUCCUGGAACAUACAAAUACCUGGAAGUUCAGUACGAAUGUGUUCCAUACAAGGUGGAACAGAAAGGGAACGGAGUUUUCUUGUGUCCAGGGCUAUUACAUGGCGUUUAUCAGAGUGAGCAUCUGUUUGAAUCGGACCACCAGUCUGGUGCCUGGUGUAAAGACCCCCUGCAGGCAUCUGAUAAGAUCUAUUACAUGCCCUGGACACCGUAUCGCACGGACACCCUCACCGAGUACUCCAGCAAAGAGGACUUCAUUGCAGGACGACCCACCACCACCUAUAAACUCCCACAUCGGGUGGAUGGCACAGGCUUUGUAGUUUAUGACGGGGCACUUUUCUUCAACAAGGAGCGUACACGGAACAUUGUCAAGUUUGAUUUGCGUACUCGUAUCAAGAGUGGCGAGGCCAUCAUUGCUAGUGCAAACUAUCAUGAUACGUCUCCGUAUCGUUGGGGUGGGAAGUCAGAUAUUGAUUUGGCAGUGGACGAGAAUGGUCUUUGGGUGAUUUAUGCUACGGAACAAAACAACGGACGAAUCGUGAUCAGCCAGUUGAAUCCAUACACGCUGCGCGUGGAGGGAACGUGGGACACUGCCUAUGACAAACGCUCCGCCUCCAAUUCUUUCAUGAUCUGUGGAAUCUUGUACGUUGUAAAGAGCGUUUAUGAAGACGAUGAUAGCGAAGCCACCGGGAAUAAAAUCGACUACAUUUACAACACGGAACUGAGCAAAGAUGGCUACCUGGACAUUCCUUUCCCAAACUCUUACCAGUAUAUCACUGCCGUGGAUUAUAAUCCCAGAGAUAAUCUGCUCUAUGUGUGGAAUAACUACCAUGUGGUCAAAUAUUCCCUGGAUUUUGGAGUGUUAGACGGCAGGCCAGAAUCGUCAUCCUCAGUGAAUGUCUUAAUGGACACCACAACGACUCGGACCACAACACGGCCCAUCACCGUUACCAUAGCAACCACCUCCACUACAACCACCACCACUACAACAACCACUACCAAAUCACCUUCCUCAACAACAGUGGUCACACGCAGCACUACGUCGGGUCGUCAGCUUGCGGGGGGCGCAGUACCUGAGGCCACCACACGCUCGGACCCCUCCUCUGUCCUGCCUAAUGUCGCCAUCGAAUACUGCAGCCCCAUCAUUGACUCCACCCUCACCUGGCCCAAAACACGACAGGGGCUCGUCGCCAAGCAACCAUGCCCACCUGGAACCAUCGGGACAGCUGUGUUUGCCUGUCAGGGGCCUGAGGGACUGUGGGACCAGCUUGGGCCCGAUCUCAGCAACUGCACCUCCACAUGGGUCAACAUCAUCAACCAGAAGAUCCGAGCGGGCGAGCCAGCUGCCAUUAUCUCCCGCGAGCUGUCCGAACAGACCAAGGGCCACAUUCACGCGGGUGACAUCACCUACACGGUGCGGGCCAUGGGCCAACUUAUCGACCUGCUGGAUGUCCAGCUCAGGAAUCUCACCCCUGGGGGAAAAGACAGCGCUGCCCGAAGCCUCAACAAGCUGCAGAAAAGGGAGCGAUCAUGUCGAUAUUUUGUCCAGGCCAUGGUGGAGACGGUGAAUAACCUGCUGCAGCCGCAGACACGGACAGCCUGGAUGGAGCUCUCAGUGAGCGAUCAGCUCCGGGCUGCAACCAUGCUGCUGGACACCGUAGAGCAGGGCGCCUUUGUUCUCGCCGACAACCUGCUUAAAACCGAUGUUGUACAAGAAAACACAGAAAAUAUACAGCUGGAGGUGGCGAGGAUGAGCACGGAUGGAAAUCUUCCUGAUCUGAAGUUUCCUCAGACUGGAGGACAAGGCAAUGCUAUUCAUCUGUCAGCAAACACCCUUAAACAGCAUGGGAGAAAUGGUGAGAUUCGGAUGGCAUUCGUCCUGUAUAAGCAUCUGGGUUCAUACCUGACAACAGAAAACGCCAGCAUGAAGUUCAGCACCGAGACGUUAAACACAAACUACUCAGUCAUUGUCAACUCUCCCAUUAUAACGGCGGCAAUCAACAAAGACAGUAACAAAGUUUAUCUGUCCGACCCUGUCAUAUUCACCGUACGGCACAUUCAGCAGUCUGAAGAGAAUUUCAACCCCAACUGUUCGUUCUGGAGUUACUCAAAGCGCAAUAUGACAGGUUUCUGGUCCACACAGGACUGCAGAUUGCUCGGAACCAACCGGACUCAUACCACCUGCUCAUGCACACACCUGACAAACUUCGCUGUGCUCAUGGCUCACGUGGACGUGAAGACGGCAGACCCUGUUCAUGAUCUGUUGUUGGAUGUCAUAACAUGGGUGGGCAUCUUGCUCUCCCUGGUGUGUCUACUCGUCUGUAUCUUCACCUUCUGUUUCUUCCGCGGCCUCCAGAGCGACAGGAAUACCAUUCACAAGAACCUCUGCAUCUCGCUCUUCAUCGCCGAAACACUCUUCCUCACCGGCAUCAACCGUGCCGACCAGCCUAUCGCAUGCGCUGUAUUUGCAGCACUCCUGCAUUUCUUCUUCCUAUCGGCGUUCACGUGGAUGUUUCUGGAAGGCGUGCAGCUGUAUAUCAUGCUGGUGGAGGUGUUUGAGAGCGAACACUCGCGACGCAGAUACUUCUACCUGGCUGGAUAUGGAAUUCCUGCACUCAUAGUGGCCGUUUCUGCAGCAGUGGAUUACCGCAGCUACGGGACUGAAAGAGUGUGCUGGUUGCGGUUGGACACUUAUUUCAUCUGGAGUUUUAUAGGUCCCGCCACGCUCAUCAUCAUGCUUAAUGUGAUCUUUCUGGGAAUCGCUCUCUACAAGAUGUUUCACCACACUGCCAUCCUGAAGCCAGACUCCAGUUGCCUUGACAACAUCAAAUCGUGGGUAAUUGGAGCCAUAGCAUUGCUCUGUUUACUGGGUCUGACCUGGGCAUUCGGGCUGAUGUAUGUAAAUGAGAGCACCGUGAUCAUGGCGUACCUCUUCACCAUCUUUAACUCCCUGCAGGGCAUGUUUAUCUUCAUAUUUCACUGUGUCCUACAGAAGAAGGUACGGAAAGAAUAUGGGAAGUGCCUUCGGACACACUGCUACAUUGGGAAGAGUGUGGACUCCUCUAUGGGUUCAGGGAAAAGUUCAGUAUCCCGUGGACCUGGACGGUAUUCUUCAGCCUCACAGAGCCGAAUCCGCCGGAUGUGGAACGACACGGUGAGGAAGCAGACAGAAUCAUCAUUCAUGACAGGAGACAUCAACAGCUCGGCUACACUCAACAGAGGUGCCAUGGCCAAUCACCUCAUCCCAAACUCUCUGCUGCGCACUCACGCCUCUAACAACCCCUAUAACACCUUACUGGGCGAAUCUGCUGUCUAUAACAACCCCACUCUCAGCAUGUACAAUGCUCAAGAGCCCUACAGAGAGACAAAAGGAAUCCUGAACAAUGCUCGGGAUACAAGUGCCAUGGAUACUCUACCACUGAAUGGUAACCAUGGCAAUAGCUACAGCUUGGCUAGUGCCGAUUACUUGAGUGACUGCGUGCAAAUCAUCGACCGCACGUACAAUGUACACAAAGAGACCACACUGGAGAAGCGAAUCCUCAAAGAGCUCACCUCCAACUACCUGCCCACCUACCUGAACAACCAAGACCGAACGGCAGAACAUGGACGCAACCUGAUGAACAAGUUGGUUAACGAAGUCAGCAAUGGCGGCGGGGUGAAAGAUUCUACCAUGUUGCCUGUUAAUCUUGCGUUUGGCCUGGACGACUUACCAUCUUUCCCACCUGAGGAUUGUCUUGGUCUGGAGCUGAUUAGGGAAGAGUCCAAUGCACCCUUGCUUCCUCCACCACGUCCUGUCAACCAAACCCUGCCACACCCCACCUCUUUUAGCUCCACCUCCUCAUCCCGACGACGCCUUCCUCAAGAAAACAGUGAGAGUUUCUUCCCACUAUUGACCGAAGAGCAAAUAGAAGAGACUCCAUCCCCCCAGAGAGACUCGCUCUACACCAGCAUGCCCACGCUGCCUGAUACCGACCACAAUGACACGCAUUCGCUGCCUUGCAGCGGCGGCAUGCACACUCUCCCCAGGAGUGGGGAGCCUGAUGACGUGUACUAUAAGAGCAUGCCCAACCUGGGCUCACGCAACCACCUGCACCAGCUGCACUCGUACUACCAUCUGAGUCGUGGCAGCAGUGACGGCUUUAUUGUCCCGCCCAAAGAUGAGCUUUCGCCUGAAGAGACGCCGCAGGAGCCAACACACCUGGUCACCAGCCUAUAGAGGACGCCACAGAACAUGCACUCCAACCCUCACACAUUCUGCCUACGCCCAGCUCUAUUCACCCUCCUAGCCAUGCCUAUACCCUCUCCUUCAUGUGCUCUUUUACGUUUCUGUACUGUUCAGUCGUCCGCUGUCGUUCAACUUUAGUUUUUUAUCUGUAUGCAGAGAAAUGAACUACAACAAACAAUACAAUCUUGGGAGGUGAUUUUGUGUUCUCUUCCGUAGAGAAUUAUGGGUAACACUUGUUUGUCAAUGAAUUUAAGAGCUGACAUUCUUUUCGGUCUUAUUGGUUGUGCACUUCUACUUACAGGGAAAUGGACCCAAAAAUGGAUUUACUGUAUAACCUUCUGGGAUGUGUGAGAUUCCAAAAUGUGUUUUGACUCUCAGCAACCCCAAAGGAAUAUGAAUAACUGCCAGAAACAUUGUUAGUAGCUCAGUGCGCCUAGUCAACACCAAUCAAGUGACUCAUACUAUUUUAAUACCAUCUGAAUCCAUGUUUGCUUUUUCAUUUUUUGUUUCUUCUGAUGAACAGCAGCAUAUUUUGCUGCGAUAAUCCUGCAAAAAUGAGGCAAAACUGAUUUAGAACAGUAUAUAGAAGGACGCUUUCACCACACAUGCUCUAGAGUAUCCUUUCUUUUUUGCUGUAUUAAUAACAAAUAUUAAAAUGAGGAGGGAAAAACUAAUACCAGAGAAUUCUAUGAUAUUUCUGUGUAAAUGUACAGACACUAGCGUUACACAGGAUAGUGCUUAUUCUGUUACGACGCUCUCCGCUUCCGUAACCAUAGUGAUUUCAAAUCAUUUCCAUUCUUUCCUGAUGGUCUCGUCCUUAGACAGGUUUCAAUCCAUUUUUUUUAUAACAUUGUUUUCUUUCACAUCUUCAUUUCAAUAUGAACAAUGGCAAGUAACAAAAAUGACAGUGAAUGUUUCCUUGUUGUAUUUGAUUUAUUGUUCCAUUGUCUCAAGUCUGUAGAUAAAGAUUAAUUAAAGCCCAAUAUUGUCAGCAUUUUUGGAGAGAUAUGAGAAACAGCAUAAGGUCAUCAAAAAGCAUUUGCCAAACACUUGCUAAGGUCUUUAUCAUUUACAGUGAGUUUGACAGGGAUGCACACAAGGCACUUGUAUAAUUUAACUGCAGUGUUUUACUUAUUAAACACCCACAUUUAGAAUGAGAGAAGGUAGAAUACCUUGUCUUUGCCUUAUUUCUUUUCAGUAGGAGAAUGAACGGUUAUUUAUUUCACUGAAGAAAAAGGAUAAAAGUAACUAUUCAGCAAAAUGUCUGGGAAGUAAAAAUGUAUGCAGCACAUAUCGUUUUUAUCAUCACAAAUAUUAUUAUAGAUUUUAUUUAUUGCAUUUUUCUGUUAUUUUACCCUGUGGUUGAAUGACCUCUCACUAAUAUUCGUUGUAACAGUGAAACUUGUUUGCCAACAAAUAAAUGACAAGAGUAAAGCCGUGGGUCUGGUAGAGUGUGCAUUUUCUGCAACACAGUGUGUCUCAUGUAACGGUGAUUCUUCAAUUAAGGGCACUUUUGACUACAUUAAAUGUUGACAAAUACAACUCUUCAUCCAUGUUAAAAGAUUUAUCAAAUGUCAUGGAAUAAAGAUUUGAUCAUGGCCUUGAUCAACAUUUAAGUGGAUUUUGGUAUAAUGUGUGAUGUGGAUUUUGUAACUGUGUGUGAUUUUAUUUAUUUCAGUUUUUCAAGAAAAGCUAGCACUAGUUAGCUACUAGUCAAUAACAUUUGAAUUGAGGGGGAAAGAAUCCUUGAUUGGUUCUGAAUUAAAAUGAUGAAAUAACUUAUUUGGUAAUGAUUUGAUAAACCUGCUCUCAGAUCAUGAUGUAAAAACUUUAAAUUACAUUUAAGAGCUUCAAAACUUUUAGGGACGGCCCUGUCACUUCUCAU